UAAUGUUGUCAAAAAUGAGUGGUAUUGAAAAUAAAACGUCUGUCACACUCUUUUACUUGUCAAAAGUAGCGGAAGUUGGUGGUUCAAGAUGUUGAUGCCAAAACAAAACCGUGUCUCUAUUUACGAGUACCUCUUUAAAGAGGGUGUUAUGGUGGCCAAAAAAGACUACCAUGCCCCCAAACACCCGGAUCUAGAAAAGAUUCCAAACCUCCAAGUUAUCAAAGCUAUGCAAUCCUUGAAAUCAAGAGGUUAUGUUAAGGAACAGUUUGCAUGGAGACAUUUUUACUGGUACUUAACCAAUGAAGGUAUUGAGUACCUUAGGAUUUUCCUUCAUCUGCCACCUGAAAUUGUGCCCGCUACCCUGAAGAGAUCAGUAAGAACUGAGACAGUCAGACGUGGCGCUGUGGGCCGUCCUGAUGCUCCUGCCAAAUCUGCAGAGGACAGAUCAGCAUACCGUCGUGCACCAACCACACCUGGUGCACCUCAUGAUAAGAAAGCUGAUGUUGGACCUGGCACAGCAGAUCUUGAAUUUAGAGGAGGAUAUGGACGCGGUAGGCCUACACCCUAAAUUAAGUUUAAUAAAUAUAUAACAUAACA